AUGAAAAAUUUAGAAGAAAGAAAAACAAAUUUAUUUUGGUCAUUAAAAUCACGUAGAAUGCAUGUAAUAAUUCUUCUAAUGUUUGGUUGGGGAAUUAUGGCAUUUACAAGACAUCAACUUGGAAUAUCAUUACCAUGUAUGUUAAAUUCAACUGCUAUUGAAGAAGGAUCAUUAAAUAAAUAUGAGGAAAAUUUUAAUCAAAUAGAAAAUGAUAAAAAAUGUUUAAAAAAUAAUAAUGUAAAAAAUAUUUCUUAUUUUGUUGAUAAAAAAAUUGUUGUUGAUUAUGGUGGUACAUUUAAUUGGAGUUAUGAUCAACAAAAUUUAGUUAUAUCAGGAACUUAUUUUGGAUCUUUAUUAACAGUAUUACCAGCUGGUUAUUUAUCUGAUAAAAUUUCUUCAAAAAAUAUGAUGAUAUAUGGAUCUAUAGUUUAUAUUUUAACAAGUGUAACUUUUCCAUAUCUUGUAAUGACAUUUGGUUAUCUUCCUGGAUUUAUUACAAGAUUUAUUAUGGGAUUAGGUGAAGGAAUGCUUCUUCCAGCAUCUUCAUCUAUACUUAGUAAAUGGUUUACUAAUUCAGAAAAACCAUUAGCUAGUACUUUAUUAACAUCUGGAAAUCAAAUAGCUACAUUUAUAGGUAAUCCACUUGCUGCAUUUUUUUGUCAAAGUUCUAUUGGUUGGAGUGGAACAUUUUAUACUUGUGGUAUAAUACUUUUUAUUUGGAUUAUAUUUUGGUAUUAUUUUAUACAAAAUUCUCCAGACACAGCAAAAUGGAUAUCUAUAAAUGAGAAAGAAUAUUUAGAAAAAGAAACUGGUUUUGAAAAAAUAAAAAAAGAAAAUAAGAAAAAUUUUAAAAUUCCUUGGAAAAAUAUUUUAACUUCUUCAGCAUUAUAUUGUACAAUUCCAUGUUAUUUUUUUGGUAAUAUGUAUGGAGUAUUUUUAUCAAUGUAUCUUCCAUUAUUUUAUAAAGAAAAAUUAUAUGUAAAUGUGAUGAAUAAUGGUUUUAUGACUGCAGUACCAACAAUUAUACAAAUGAUUGUUAAAAUUUUAUGGAGUUCUUAUAUUGGAAAAUUACAAAAAAAAAAUUGCAUUACCUCAAAUACUUCAGUAAAAAUAUCUCAAUUAGUAUCUGGUAUACUUUUACCUGUAGGAUUAAUUAUGGUUGAUCUAACAUUAGAUUGUACAAAUCCAUGGAUAACAGUUAUAUAUAUUUGUAUAGCAAAUUGUGGGUAUGGUAUUGCUACUAGUGGUUAUACAGUAAGUAUUAUUUCAAUGGCUCCAGCUGUUACAGGUAUGUUAUCAGGAAUUACAAAUACUGCUGCAAUUUUAUCAAGAAUCUCAACACCCUUUAUUUUUUCACUUCUGAAAAAAACGAAAAUCAUCAAUGUUUGGAAAGGAGCAUUUUAUGGAAUUGCUAUAUCUUGGUUUAUAAGUUCACUUAUUUUUAUUAAAUGGGGAGUUGGUGAAGCUCAAGAAUGGGGUAUUAUAAAAAAUAUACCUGAAUCAGAAAAUACAAACAAAACAAUGGUUUCAUUAAAUUCUGAAACAACGUCAAUAAAUUCAACGACUAACAUUUCAAAAUAA